GUCUAAGCAGCCUUUGUGCCAUUAGCAGACACUUCAACAUCUCACACUGCGGCAUCGAUACCCGACGCAAGCAGGUGAGACAGCGAGGGCCUCGAGUAGAAGGCGAUUGUUGUGCUUCGCAGCAUUCAUUCGCUCACAAGCUCUUUGACCACCACUGCAUCUCACCGGGGCACUCUGCUCACCUGAGCAGCUCACAGUUGCCCUCGAGAGUGUCAAUCACGCCCCAAUCGUGCUGAGCUGGCCGACACAUCAUGAAUUUUAUCUUCAAGAGCAAGCAUAGAACACCGGCGGACUUGGUCAAGCAUCUGCGCGAUGCUGUAGGCCGUAUGGAGUCACAAGGGGGCAGCUCGGAGGGCAAGAGAAAGGCGGGAGAGGAGGUAUCGAAGUGCCUGUACCAAAUGAAGGUCAUCCUCUACGGCGAUGGUGAGAACGAGCCGCUGCCAGAGCAAGUCGCUCAGCUAGCGCAAGAGGUCUACAAUCAGGAUGUCCUGCAGCUCCUCGUCGCCAACAUCUGGCGUUUCGAAUUUGAGGCAAGAAAGGAUGUCUCGCAGAUCUUCAACAACUUGCUCAGGAGACAAAUCGGUUCAAGGAUGCCCACGGUAGAAUACCUGACGACGAAGCCCGAGGUCCUCUUUACCACACUCAAGGGCUACGAGAACGCAGACGUGGCGCUGAACACGGGAAUGAUCUUGAGGGAGAUGCUCAGACACGAGACGCUCGCCAAGACGCUGCUGUAUUCGGACAAGUUCUACACCUUCCCCGAUUACAUCGAGAAGACGACCUUCGGAGUCUCAUGCGACGCCUUUGCCAACUUCAAGGAGACGCUCACAAAGCACAAGGCAAUGGUGGCCGAGUACCUCGAGAAGAACUACGACCGCUUCUUCAACAUGUACGAGACGUUGCUGCAGUCGCCCAACUACGUCACCAAGAGACAGUCCCUGAAGCUACUCGGGGAGAUUCUCCUGGACCGCACCAACUUCCAGGUCAUGACGAAGUACAUCUCGUCGGAGGAGAACCUCAAGAUGAUGAUGAAUCUGCUGAGGGACAAGAGCAAGAAUAUCCAGUUCGAGGCAUUUCAUGUCUUCAAGGUAUUCGUCGCCAACCCCAAGAAGCCUCCCGUCAUCGAGAACAUCCUUCGUCGCAACCGAGAGAGGCUGGUUACCUUCCUCAGCAACUUCCACAACGACAAGGACGACGAGCAAUUUGCAGACGAGAAGAGCUACCUCAUCUCGCUGCUCCAGCCCCCUCCGACCACCGCGGCCGCUACGGCUGCGACGAACGCGGGGACCGCUCGCGUUUCAUAGCCGUGACGCGACGAAUCAACGAGCCAAUCAGAAGCACGCGCUACUCGAUCGCUCUCCUUUCCCUACUCAGUCCCGCUACAGCAUCUUCUCUGUGCCUCCUGAUCCCUUUUCCUUCGUUCUCAUUUUGUACUACUAGAGUCGUGCGACCAUCUCAAUAUGAUCUCUCUCGACGCACGCACGGGAGCGUAUCCGCCGAGCGAGCUUGGUUCCUG